GUCCUAAGUCCUGCUGUUGCGCUCCUCAUGUGCGCGCAUGGCGGCACCGAACAGAGAGCCUGGCGAGAGCCGGCCGGCGGCAGAGCAGUCGCCGGUCCAAAACAGGUUGGACCAGAUCUACGACUACAUCAGCAGUCUCGAGCUCUUUUCGCCGCCCCGCGCCCCAAGGGCGCAGGCGCAGGCGGCUGCAAGUCCGGCCACCGAGCCGCCAACAGCGCGAAGCUCUGGAGGCAUGGCCGACCUCUUCGACGCCAAGAGCCUGAGCCACAGCGUGAGCGGCUUUCUCACAGGCCUUGGGACAGGUGAUUGCUCCAGCGUGUCGGACUUUGGGCCCAGGUGCACAGGCGAGCCUCAAAGCAGCGCGCGCGAUGCGGAGCCAAACCCCAUCAGGCAGGAAGAUAGCUGGGAGGAGCCGAGAGGUGCACGGCAGGCCAGCCAUCGGGAGUCGCCCCCCAGCCGCAGCCGGAGCGGCCUGGAGACGCUUUCGCCCCGAGCCGAAAGGGUGCCGCGAGCCGAGAGAGCGAACCGAGCCUCGGCGCUGCCGGGCUCGACGCCGUCCCCUUUCGACGUUCCAAGGUCUGUGAGGUCUGUUCCUCGGGAGGACGGCAACCGGCCACCUUCCGGCAGUCCAAGGAGCUUGAACAGUGCCAGGGGCGACCGGCCGAUGAAUUCUCUGAGGCUAGAGUACGAUGCGGACCCAGAGGACUUGCUGGACCAACAUGUGGCCUACUAUCUGAAGCAUCACCCUGAGGCGAUGUUUACCCACAACCUGUCUCGGAAGCACCCCGGGGUGUACCUCAUCAACGGAAGGGACGUGCGGGUAGAGUGGCAGCACUCGGAGUCGGGCGGGCAGGGAUGCUUGAUGGCUCUCGAUGGGCCCUUGCGGCAGCCCUUCGCAGAUUACAUGGAGCACACGGAGAACAAUAUCGAGUACGAUGUGCAAGGCAUUGGCGUGGACACCUCCCUGCACAGCAUCCCUCGUGAGAAGCGCAUGUCUUUCCACGACACGCACAAAGUCUACUCUCGCCUGGAAGCCAUGAAGGUUGCCAAAGAACAGGCGCUGGUGCGUGAGAAGGCUGCGGACUACACCAAGGAUGGCCGUGAGGUUCCCAGAGAGCUGAUGAGCAAGUACAAAAAGACCAUCGCUCUCAAGCUAGAUCCAGCAGGUAAGCGCAAGGUGCCCGAGCGACCGGGGGAGCGGCCGGAGCAGAGAGCGGAGCCGGAGCGGCCGGAGAUUCCGCCACCUGUGUUCAAUGGCCGCGCUCAGGCUGGCAACGGGCACCACUGGCAGCCACCUUUUCCGCCACCUACCCAGCUAGGCCUUGGCGCCGGGUAUCAGCAGCCUUUGCCUGAGACAAUCGCAAAGCCUUGGACAUCCUCACCUCCGCAGGCGUGGCAAGAGCCGAGGUACCAGCUCUCAGCCCCGAACCUCUUCCAGCCGGUGCUGAGGCCGAGUCCCAUGGAUCUGUGCAGUCCGCCUGGCUUCCCUCCGCCGCUGCCGGCCCAAACUCCGGCCCUGUUUCACACCUGGACUCCUACCCAUGGCCAAGUUUGAGAGCGAAGCCUCCCAAUGUAAUGCCCGGUGCCCGGUGAUGGCCCCGCAAGGCCCCGAGGCACGUACGGCACGCACGGCAUGUAUGGCACUGGCAGCUGGGUGUGGCUCAAAAU